ACGGCCAAAGGUCAAUUAAAGUUAGGACUUGUAAGGGUUCAUUGGAUUUUGCAAUAAGGAGGCCUUUGGUGUCCGCCCGGAGCAGUUUCAGUGGAGAAGUGGGAGCAGAAGCUGAGUACAGAGGGUAGAGGAGAGAGUGCAGAGGAGAUGGACAGAGCCAGUGGAGACCAUGCUUUCAAGCGGUUUAACUCUGAAGGAGGAGGGAGACGGUACCACUCUCUGGCAGGAGGGUUUUUAAAAGAUGGCAGCGACUAGAGAACCCUUGUGGAACGGGUACAUCGUGAGAGCACUGGAAGAUCUAGAAGAGGGUUGAUGGAGUGAGGGUGCCAAGGAAGAGGGAUUGGCAUACACGGCACGGGAGGGCUCUGGCCUUAGACAGGAGGGGUACCUCUUCCAUUUUAACAGAAGAGGAAAAGUAAGAGGGGUGCAGGUAAGCCUGUUGGUUUGGUGGUCAGAACUUUGUGGGGUUCUCAACUAAUGGUUUUCGCGUCCUUGGUAAAGUAGGAGGCAAAGUCAUCUGCUGAGGGUGUGCCAGGGAGCUGGUGGGGUGAGGAAUUUGAGGAGAAAAAGAAGUGCGGUGAAGAACAGGAAACAAAGCUCAGUCCUGGCCCCUCAUCUUGCUCUCUUCUUCUUUCUCCCUAGGCCAUCUCCUGCAAUGCUCAUGGCUUCACGUCCCCUCGACACGGAUGGUCACAAAUGCAGCUCUCUAGUCCAGACCUCAGCUCUCAACCCUCUGUCACCUCCACUUGUCUCUCUCAAAGGCUCCUUCCACUACCUGCCCCUCCAGCUUCUGCUCAGGACAGAGGGUUGUUGGGCAACGCUGAGAAUCCAGUCAAUGUUUAGUUUCAUGAAUUUGCAGUGUGGUCUACACUGUGUAAGGCCCUGUGCUAGCUUUAUGUCACCCACCCCCUCUUAGCCGGUUUUGCUCACGUCUCAUCUGCUUAACACGUCGUUUCCCCAACCAUUUCCACACCGUCAAAUCCUAUCCAUCUUAAUGGCUUAACUUUAAAAGCCAUCUUUCCUGUAAAGUAUUCACUGAUAGCCCCAGCUCGAAAACAAAACUUUCUUCCUCUUAUUCCUCCUUUGUCCGAAUUUUACUUAUGGUUCUUACUAUUUUCUAUCUCUUAAUAUACCUGCUGAUGUACAAGUCUUACAUUGCCUCAUCUGCAUUUACUACGUUCGUAAAUUCCUGAAGGCAAGGCUGUUAACCAGAGUCAUCUUUUUUUCUCUCAGCCUAAAACAGUGCCUUGCACAUGUAUCCACUCACAAAAUCAUGUCAAUUACUAAGUUAAUAUGUAUUUACUGACUAAUGAAGACAUGGAUGGAUGACAGAUUCUCUCUGCUCUGGAAUCUCAAGCUCACCACGGCCACAUGGAAUCACAUCUUCAACCAAGAUUGUUUCUGGUGUAACAGUUGUCCAUCGGGGUUGGAAACCUUCUUCAUCCUGCUGGUCUUGGUGACCUCAUUUUUCAAGUCCCUGCUUAAAUUUCACUUGCUCUGUGAUUCCUUCCCAUACUAAUGCAGAAAUGAGCACAGAAGCAGAGCAACAGCUUCUUCAUCAUGCCAGAAAUGGCAACGCUGAAGAAGUAAGACAGUUAUUGGAAAUCAUGGAAAGGAAUGAAGUAACUGCUGACAUUAACUGCAAAGGAAGAAGUAAGUCUAAUUUGGGCUGGACACCUCUUCAUCUGGCCUGCUAUUUUGGACAUAGACAAGUGGUCCAGGAUCUGUUAAAGGCUGGUGCGGAAGUAAAUGUAUUAAAUGACAUGGGAGACACUCCACUUCAUCGGGCUGCUUUUACAGGACGAAAGGAGUUGGUAAUGCUUCUUUUAGAAUAUAAUGCUCAUACUACUGUUGUUAAUGGGAAUGGACAGACAGCAAAGGAAGUCACUCAUGACAAAGAAAUCAGAAACAUGCUUGAAGCUGUAGAAAGGACUCAACAAAGAAAGCUUGAAGAAUUACUUUUGGCAGCAGCAAGAGAAGGCAGAACAGCAGAACUCACAGCUCUGCUCAACAGACCGAAUCCUCCUGCUGUGAACUGUUCGGAUCAGUUAGGAAAUACACCCUUGCAUUGUGCCGCUUACCGGGCUCAUAAACAAUGUGCCUUAAAGCUUCUAAAAAGUGGAGCAGACCCUAAUCUGAAGAACAAAAAUGAUCAGAAACCUCUUGAUCUUGCCCAGGGUGCUGAAAUGAAACACGUUCUUGUUGGUAAUAAGGUCAUUUACAAAGCACUGAAACGAUACGAAGGCCCUCUCUGGAAGAGUUCAAGAUUUUUUGGCUGGAGAUUAUUCUGGGUAGUGUUAGAACAUGGAGUCCUCUCAUGGUAUAGGAAACAGCCCGAUGCAGUCCAUAAUAUUUAUCGCCAGGGAUGCAAACACCUAACUCAAGCAGUAUGCACGGUAAAACCCACUGAUAGCUGCCUCUUCUUUAUUAAAUGCUUUGAUGACACUGUUCAUGGCUUCAGGGUUCCUAAGAAUAGCCUUCAGCAGACGAGAGAGGACUGGCUGGAAGCAAUAGAAGAGCAUUCUGCUUACAGCACUCACUACUGUUCCCAGGACCAGUUGACUGAUGAUGAAGAGGAAGAUGCAGUUUCUGCUGUAGACUUGAAGGAAUCUUUAGAGAAAGCACAGAUAUGCCAGCAGAGACUAGACAGGGAAAUUUCCAACUUUCUCAGAAUGAUUAAGGAGUGUGACGUGGCUAAAGAAAUGCUUCCAUCAUUCCUUCAGAAAGUUGGAGUUGUCUCUGAAGCUUCUAGAGAAACUUGUGUAGCUUUGAGUGAUUGCCUUAAUCUCUUCACCAAACAAGAAGGGCCUCCCAGUUUGGAAAUCACUGGAUUACAACAUUCUCUUGUGAAUUGGUUGGAUGUGGCUGUGCCCCAGAGUGCUUUCGGAUAUGAUGAUGAUAAUUUGGGGAUUUUUCUGCAAGUAGUGAGGAAUUUUAAAUUGGAACAGGAACAAGAAAAAACCAAAAUUUUGUCAGAAGCGCUGGCGACUCUAGCCACUGAACAUCAUGAAUUAGAGCAGUCUCUGGUCAAAGGCUCCCCACCUCUCAGCAUCCUUAGUGAGGACGAGUUCUAUGAUGCGCUGUCAGAUUCCGAGUCCGAACGGUCCCUGAGUAGAUUGGAAGCAGUGACUGCGCACUGCUUUGAAGAGGAAGGAGCGCAUCUGAGGAGUAGAAAGCACAGGAUGUCCGAAGGAAAAGACUGUGGUGGUGGAGAUGCUCUCUCCAAUGGCAUCAAAAAACACAGAACAAGCUUGCCCUCCCCUAUGUUUUCCAGAAAUGACUUCAGCAUCUGGAGCAUCCUCAGAAAAUGUAUUGGAAUGGAACUCUCCAAGAUCACUAUGCCAGUUAUAUUUAAUGAGCCUUUGAGCUUCCUCCAGCGACUCACUGAAUACAUGGAGCAUACGUACCUCAUCCACAAGGCCAGUUCAUUUGCUGAUCCUGUGGAAAGGAUGCAGUGUGUAGCUGCAUUUGCUGUAUCUGCUGUUGCUUCUCAGUGGGAACGUACUGGAAAGCCUUUCAACCCACUUCUGGGAGAGACUUAUGAAUUAGUUCGAGAUGACCUUGGUUUCAGACUCAUCUCUGAGCAGGUCAGCCAUCACCCACCCAUUAGUGCAUUUCAUGCUGAAGGAUUAAACAAUGAUUUCAUCUUUCAUGGCUCAAUCUAUCCCAAACUGAAGUUCUGGGGGAAGAGCGUAGAAGCAGAACCCAAAGGAACCAUCACGUUGGAGCUCCUUGAACACAAUGAAGCAUAUACGUGGACAAAUCCUACCUGCUGUGUACAUAACAUCAUUGUGGGGAAACUCUGGAUUGAGCAGUAUGGCAACGUGGAGAUCACAAACCACAAGACUGCGGACAAAUGUGUGUUGAAUUUUAAGCCAUGCGGCCUUUUUGGCAAGGAGUUACACAAAGUUGAAGGCUACAUUCAAGAUAAAAGCAAAAAGAAGCUCUGUGCCCUCUAUGGGAAGUGGACAGAAUGUUUAUACAGUGUUGACCCUGCCACAUUUGAUGCUUACAAAAAAAAUGAUAAGAAAAAUACUGAAGAGAAGAAGAACAGCAAACAGAUGAGCGCUUCUGAGGAGUCAGAUGAAAUGCCAAUGCCAGAUUCCGAGAGUGUGUUUGUCAUCCCUGGGAGCGUCCUCCUGUGGCGAAUAGCCCCGCGGCCUCCCAAUUCGACCCAGAUGUAUAAUUUUACUAGCUUUGCAAUGGUUUUGAAUGAAGUAGACAAGGAAAUGGAGAGUGUGAUUCCUAAGACAGACUGCAGGCUACGUCCUGACAUCAGAGCCAUGGAAAAUGGGGAAAUAGAUCAAGCUAGUGAAGAAAAAAAGCGACUUGAGGAGAAACAAAGAGCGGCCCGCAAGAACAGGUCCAAGUUGGAGGAGGACUGGAAGACGAGGUGGUUCCAUCAAGGUCCUAAUCCCUACAGCGGAGCCCAGGACUGGCUUUACUCGGGCAGCUACUGGGACAGAAACUACUUCAAUUUGCCUGACAUUUAUUAAAGCAUAGACAAGUUGGGGCAUUUGGCUAAUCUACAGAUAAGACUUAAACCUGUGUUUUAAAAUUUUCUUCUUUGGUUUCUACUCAUCUUUUAAAAAGAGAAAAAAAUCCUCUCAUGAUAACUUGCAUUUCACCCAACAAAAGUAGGGCAUAAGGUGGAUACUGGUGAUGAACGUCUUUGGAAAAA